CUCUCCUCCCCCCCUCCCCCCCCCCCCUCUCCCUUUUGGAGAGCCGGCGGCCUCUCUUGGCCGGUCUUUUUCUCGCCUGAUCUCUUUCUUUAUAUUUUGGUUGUGGUGGCAAUCUCCGGAUCGGCAUCACGCUUCUGCUGCUUUUACCAAUCUCCUUGAGGGCUCGAUCCAUCCGCAUGAAUUUCUAAUUUUAGAAAUUUUAUUCUCUGAUCAGCGGGAAGAAUCACAGGAGAUGGGACCUGUAGGGAAGCCAGACCCUGAACUACAUGAAGAAACUCUUGUGAGUUUGCCUCUUGAUGCAAGGAAGAUGCACACGUUCGAGCAUAUUGGGUCACUUGCCGCUGUUGCUCAGUCAUUCACCCCUAGGAAAACACGUAGUAGACUACUGAUGAGUAUUUAUAUUGUUCUUAUCAAAGCAAAAAUAAAUGUGUUAUUACCUUUUGGACCUUUGGCAGUCAUACUUCACUAUCUUACUGGAAAGCAGGGAUGGGUUUUCUUUUUCAGCUUAAUAGGCAUAACACCUUUAGCAGAGCGUUUGGGCUAUGCUACUGAGCAGCUUGCAUGCUACACUGGCCCAACAGUUGGUGGCCUGUUGAAUGCUACAUUUGGUAAUGCGACGGAAAUGAUAAUAUCAAUAUAUGCACUGAAAAAUGGAAUGAUUCGUGUUGUUCAGCAAUCCUUGCUGGGCUCCAUCCUAUCAAAUAUGCUCUUAGUUUUAGGAUGUGCUUUCUUUGCUGGAGGGGUUGUUCAUUAUAGCAAGGAUCAGACCUUCAACAAGGCAACCGCUUUGGUAAACUCGGGGUUACUUUUGAUGGCUGUCUUGGGUAUAAUGUUUCCAGCAGUUCUUCACUCUACACACUCUGAAGUGCAAUAUGGGAAAUCAGAAGUGUCUCUUUCAAGGUUUAGCAGUUGUGUCAUGCUUGUAGCAUAUGCUGCCUACCUUUAUUUUCAAUUGAAGAGUCAGCCCAGUCUUUACAAUCCUGUUGAUGGAGAAGAGAGACAGAAUGAGGAAGAUGUUGAUGAAGAGGAUGUUCCUGAGAUUACUCUAUGGGAAGCAGUAUCCUGGCUUGCUGUGUUGACCAUAUGGAUUUCCAUUCUUUCUGGAUAUCUUGUUGAUGCUAUACAGGGAGCAUCUGAAUCAUGGAACAUGCCGGUGGCUUUCAUCAGCGUUAUUUUGCUUCCCAUUGUCGGAAAUGCUGCUGAGCAUGCUAGUGCAAUAAUGUUUGCCAUGAAAGACAAGCUUGACAUCACGUUGGGGGUUGCCAUUGGAUCAUCUACACAGAUAUCUAUGUUCCUGAUACCAUUCUGCGUGGUUGUUGGUUGGAGUAUGGGGAAGCAAAUGGACUUGAAUUUUCGAUUAUUUGAGACAGCUACUCUCUUUAUAACAGUACUUGUUGUGACUUUUAUGCUUCAGGAAGGUACUGCAAACUAUUUCAAGGGGCUGAUGCUUAUCUUAUGCUAUCUAAUUGUUGCUGCCAGCUUCUUCGUACAUAUUGAUCCUACAAGCAGUGAUGAUUAAUGAUUGAAGUUACAAGAUGAUCAUUAUCAACAGCACAUUCUGACAUCUCUGCUGGCCAAUGUGGAAUGAGACACCGCGAAUUAAUGGCAAGAUGGAGUGUCGAGCAGUGUAUCCCAAAAGGUUCCUGGAUUUUUUAAGGAACUUGGAUUGUUCCACAUCCACGUUGAAAUUUUGAAAUUAAGAUAGGCUUCUAGCAUUAGCUAACGCAAAGAGGUGACGUUACUUGUCACAUUAUUUCAGCAUAUCCUUUGUCAAGGAACCUGAACUGUGUUGGCCCAGGAAUCAUUUUUUUUUUUUAAAUGAUCUUACGAUGAAAUUGUAACACUAUGUUUCACCUUAUAGUGAUUUUGUGGUACUAGUUGCUUAUGGGAAUGAUGUAUAAGUUAUGGAUAUAAGUUUCUAAAGGUAGCUUUGACUCCUAA